CGGGCGACCCCGCGGUGUAUACAUGUGACAGUCUGACAGUGACGGAGUCGUCUUCGGAGCACAAAGCGGGCUGCGCAUAGACUAAGACCAAGGUAAGUUUGAGAGCCGAAAGCCCAUUGACAAACGGUGAAUACCAACGGCACGUUGCAAAAACUCUCCAGUUUGACGAGCCCCUCCCACCCUGCACUGCUGGAGAGAGAUGAGUAGUGCACCGCAAUCACUUCUAGGAACCGGCGGAGGAAAUGUGACAUGUUUAUCUUCAGGCGUCUUACCUUCCAAUGCAGUUACCGGACCAACAAUUGCUGCAACUCAACCUGCAUUGGGGCUGAAUUCAUCUCUGUCAACGAACCAACUGACCUAUCAGAUGGUGCCAACACUGACCAAUCAUAUUGUAGCGUCCACUCAGCCUCGACUCGCCACGUCUCUCAAUUCAUCACUGUCCCCAGCGACAGGGAUUUCCCCACUCAGACCUAGCCCCGUUCUGUCUCUCUCUCCCGUCAGUCCGGCUCUGGGGGCUCAAGCACUUGGACAUUCUCAACAACUGGCUACUGCUGCACAGCCCCUGCAGGCUCUCAGUAGAGGAGUUGGUGGUGUCCCAGCCUCGGCCGCUCUUCUCCAGUCGGCUCUCCUCUCCCCUCCCCCGGCCAGGAGGGUUCUCUUUCACACACCCCCACUCCACACACCAUCACUCCAAACAACCUCACUGCUCACACCCUCACCCUCCUCGCUACCACUGCAGCACAGACCACUCAUGUCUGCUCUCCCACUACAACAACCUCUUCCUCAGGCAGCAGUUCAGGUGCAACCAUCGCUACAGCCAGGUAUGGCUACAGCAGCAACCCCAACAGCCAGUGUACAUGUAUGUACAGCAGCAUCCCCAGCACCCAGUAUUACUACAGCAGCAAUCCCAGCAGCCAGUAUUACUACAACAACAGCAACCCAGCAGCCAGUAUUACUACAACAGCAUCCCCAGCAGCCAGUAUUACUACAGCAGCAUCCCCAGCAGCCAGUAUUACUACAGCAGCAUCCCCAGCAGCCAGUAUUACUACAGCAGCAAUCCCAGCAGCCAGUGUUACUACAGCAGCAAUCCCAGCAGCCAGUAUUACUACAACAGCAGCCCCAGCAGUCAGUUUACUACAGCAGCAGCCCCAGCAGUCACUGUAUGCACAUCAGCAACCAACAGGAGUUAUGGUUCAACAGCAGCCACAGCUGGUACCUGCCUACCCUCCCUCUCUCCUUCAGCCCCCUGUCCUCCUCCAGCAAACACCUUCCACCCUCCCCCUCCAUCAACAGGUGGCCAUGAGCUCUUCACCCCACAUAAUGACACUGGCCCCUGGCAAUCAUCAGGUCCUUGCUCCUUCCAGUGUGCCAAUGUAUGUGCCAGGAACAAGACUAAUGUAGGGUUAGCUAUUGCCACUACCUACCUACCAUAGGGCCUGAGGCACUAUGAAAAACAGUCUUUUUUCCACUGGAUUUUUGGUUUUAGGUGUUUUUGUACUCAGCAAUAAUGUUAGUGUAUAUAUAAUAAUUAUUUUAGGUG